AUUACACUCCAAACAUCUUUAAUUUUAAUCGGGAGUCGACACCGAAGCGCCUGGGCAAUUGGGAGGUGCCCCGGUUCGCACCGAACCGGGCGCGCCCCGUGGAAAUGAGGCCCGACCCGAAACCGAUCUGCGACGAGAACGGACACUUUCUACCAGGAGCCCCCAGGGGCACAUCGAAAUGCUUCGGCCACUUUACGGGAACGUGGGAGCUGCCUAGGAAGAUCACAAGGAAAGUUGCUGAAGAAUUAGCAAAAGAGCCACCAGGAGGGAGGUUUCCUGAUUGGGUGAACUUGCGUGUGCAAAGGCCGAAGGCGGCGGCGGCGGCGCGCAUGCGUGGAAAACGCGGGAAAGGAGAAGUGAAGGCGAAGGAACCUUCCCAGCAGGACCUACAGUCUUUCAUUCCGCACCUUUGCCCAAUUCACCAACAAAAACACCGAAAAAAGGGAAGUAAUUGAAGCCAAGACAUUUUUUAAACAAUGCACUGCAUCUUAGAUAGGCACGCAUUAAUAAUAUUAGAUCUUACUAAAGGUUAUUUAUUUUCGAAAAGUUUACCGAAUUCGUAACGAAUUGUACCCUUUUGUUAAAUUUUUU